GUAUGAAACGAAAGUAACAGUAAGGUCGUUAACUAUAUACUUGACUACUUGCACUUACUUAAUUACAUAUACUUAUAUGUACUACCUAUUCCAGACAAAAUAUUAUUUUUUUAAAAAAAUUUCUUUGAUUUUGUUUUCGCGAUAAUGUUUUAUUAGUUGGUCGACGCUUGUAUUGUGCGUACAUCUUUUAUUGUUCGAUUUGAUUCCGGCCUCGACAUUUUUUUCGUGCUGUGUUUUUGCUGUUACGUGAUUUCGAUCGUUUGAUUUUUUUUUUAACUCGAGUAAUACGUUAUUGUGAUUUUAGUGAUGAUGACACAGUUCAAGUGGAUAAAUUUUGGUGAGCUUUUCUAAAUGUUAUGUUUCAACAUUGUCAAAGGAACGAAAUGAGAGAAAAUGUCGCAGUUUUGAUAUUUUCGUCUGCAGUCUGUGAAGCAAUACAUUAUUCGCGUUUGAAAUACGAAGAUAUGAAGAAAAGAUGACCACUUUGAUAAAAGGACCAGUUCCGAAUAAAUUUUCAGAUCUGUUUCUUUUUCUAAUCAUCGCAUUUGUACUAAAUGGAAUGGCUCUCGGUCAGUUUCGCCAAUCACCAGAAUUACUCCAGCUGCAAUUCCAACAGUAUCAAUUACAGCAGCAACGACAGCAGCUAAAACAGCAAGCCUUAGCGGAGCAGUCACCAACGAAAACCACCUCUGAAACGAUUCAACAACAAUUCGAAGAGAAGAAACAAGGAGGCCAACCGAUCCAGGUACCAACACAGCAGAUUACUCAGGCACCUCAGCCAAUACCAGCUCCAGUUCGUCCUCAGAUCCAAUCCGUACAGGAUUUAGUUAAUAAUAAUUCAUCUUGCGUUGAUCCUCCUUUUAUAUGUCCACAUCCCAGGAUACAGUUCUUCUUAUAUACGAGGAGUACGCAAACAAAUCCUGAACUUUUGAAUACCAAAGAUAAUGAUUCAUUGUAUUCGUCGCAAUUCAAUCCGAAACACCCUACCAAAGUUAUUAUUCACGGUUUCCAAGGAGGUAGAAACCUUGCUCCAAGUACUGAUCUCAGAAAAGCCUAUUUUACCAGAGGCGACUACAACAUAAUAAUCGUCGACUAUUCGACAUUAGCGCAAAUACCCUGCGUUAGCCAAAUCGAAUGGGCGCCACGUUUCUGCGGUAAAUGUAUAGCUCAAUUGGCAUCCUACCUGAAUAAUCAUCCGCAAGGUGUCACUCCCGAUAAACUUCACUUGAUCGGAUACAGUAUCGGAGCUCACAUAGCCGGAUUGACUGCCAAUUACAUAAACAGAGGCAAACUAGGGCGUAUUACUGGUUUAGAUCCGACAAUAGUGUUCUCGAUGGGUACCACCGGCAAUAGAUCUCGAGAUCUUGAUUUUACCGAUGCUCAUUUCGUCGAUGUGAUUCAUACAGCAGCCGGUGUAUUGGGACAAUGGGGUCCUAGCGGCCAUGCUGACUUUUACAUAAAUGGUGGAUCUAGUCAACCAGGUUGUCAAUCGAAUAGCUUAAUAGAAACACUUUCCUGUGACCAUACGAGAGUGACACCUUACUUCAUAGAAUCCAUAAACACUGAAGCAGGAUUUUGGGCAGUUCCGUGUCCGAAUAGAUUUUUCUAUGCUUUUGGUUGGUGUACUCCUGCAGAAUCUGAAUAUGUUUUAAUGGGAGAACACAUCUCUCAUACAGCACGAGGUAUUUAUUAUCUAGAAACAAAUCCCAAAAAGCCAUAUGCGAAAGGUUACCCAGUGAAACGUCAAGGUGCUGCUCGGGCAAUUCGAACACCUGGAUAGUUUAUGAAUCAAAAUUACUUUUAUUAAGUCAAUAAUUAAUACAUUUGAUGUGUUAGAAAUACCUACCUAAUUUAUAAAUAAAUGUUACCAUAUCUUUUCAAA